AUUUGACAUGCAUGUGGUUUAGAGGGGGAAAAAGAAACACAUCAUCUACUCUCCUUUGUGACUGUGUAAACCGAAGAAAGAAGCAAUAAGAAAAAAACCAAGCUGAGUAUGAGCACUCGGUUUGACUGUCAGCAGUGCACAGCAUCGCUCCUUGGGAAGAAGUACGUUCUCAAGGACAGCAACCUCUACUGCGUCUCCUGCUACGACCGCAUCUUCUCUAACUACUGUGAGCACUGCAAAGCACUAAUUGAAUCAGAUUCUAAGGAUCUUUGUUACAAAAACCGGCACUGGCAUGAAGGAUGCUUCAAGUGCACCAAGUGCCAUCACUCUUUGGUGGAAAAGCCUUUCGUUGCUAAGGAUGAGCGUCUGCUGUGCACGGAGUGCUACUCCAGUGAGUGCUCCUCCAGGUGCUUCCACUGCAAGAGGACCAUCAUGCCUGGCUCUCGCAAAAUGGAAUUUAAGGGCAAUUACUGGCAUGAAACCUGCUUUGUUUGUGAGCAUUGCCGACAGCCAAUAGGAACAAAACCUUUGAUCUCCAAAGAAAGUGGUAAUUAUUGCGUGCCUUGUUUUGAGAAGGAGUUUGCUCACUACUGCAACUUUUGUAAGAAGAUAAUAACUUCUGGCGGGGUAACAUUUCGUGACCAAAUAUGGCACAAGGAGUGCUUUCUGUGUAGUGGCUGCAGGAAAGAACUUUGUGAAGAGGCAUUUAUGUCUAAAGAUGACCUUCCAUUCUGCUUGGACUGCUAUAACCAUCUUUAUGCCAAAAAGUGUGCAGCCUGCAAAAAACCCAUCACUGGUCUCAAAGGUGCCAAGUUCAUCUGCUUUCAAGACCGCCAAUGGCAUAGCGAGUGCUUCAACUGUGGGAAGUGCUCCGUCUCCUUGGUGGGUGAGGGAUUCCUCACCCAUAACAUGGAAAUCUUCUGCCGCAAGUGUGGCUCUGGGGUGGACAGUGACAUCUAGACAAAGACAGCCUCGCCCCACCUGAAAACUUGGUCCUCAGUAAAUCUAAAACUUGAUUGCAGCCAUAUUUGAUGUAUGCUUGAGAAAAUGUUUUAAUGUAGGGUAAACAGUAGAAAAGGCUUUGCUCACAUUCUUAUUGAAUUGUAUAGUUAGGGCACAAGAAAGCACAGUGUGACAGAAUUGAAUAUAUACUAAUUUCCAGUGUUAUCUCUCCUUGAAAAAUACUGCACCCUCGCUGAUAGAAACAUAAGCUAUCUCGUUAAAAUCAAUUAUGUGACCUCUCCCUAGGAGUUGUGAACAUUAUUACUGAAGGACAUUUUUCAAAGUUGCAGAGUAAAGGUAUCACAGAGACCCAGUUGGGAGAUACAGAGGAGACUAGUGCUUGCCUUUCAACUGGCCAGUUACGUAUUGUAAUAUAUACUAGGAAAGGCAGAAGAUUUAUGGCAGAAUAUUAAGUAAUCAUCACAUUUAGGAAUUAUGCCACUCUGAAAUCAUUCUUUGUUUAGAGUUGAAAAACAAGAUAUAGUCUCCCCUCCCCUACAUGACUUCCAUAGGGAGUCAGCACCCUUCCAUCAAUGGAACUUGAGAGCAGCAGAUGCUAUGUUCUCAGAC